AUGGACGAAUUUGAUGGACAACGCCCUGACCAAGCCAGUUCAAGAGUCCGAUAUGUUGGGACCAUGCAAAGUGACCUUGACUGGCGACUUGACUACAUCUACCAGCAGAGACCGGUCGGAUUCAACAUCCGGUACUGGUGGUCUGGAACAACAUCCCAAAUUUUUGGAUUUCAUGGCCGCGUAGGCUUCUCUCGCGCCAAGAUCAGGCUGCCUCGAUGCUUGAUGAAGCAGCGCAUUCUUCCAGAAACCAGCCAGAGCAAAGCGAAUUUCAAAAUUCUUGAUGGUUCUGGAUGUUGCGCGUUCUCUUGCGUACACACUGAGGAUUUCAGCGAACAUGAUCCUGUUGAUUUUCCAACAAAUCUAGAAACCUGCACCAUGCGCUUUGCGGAAGAGGGUGACAGACGCGUGGCGGUUCAUGGCGCUAAUGGACACACCUAUCGUGCUGGCAAAGCCUCUGAUCUGAUCCUCAAAAUGGGAUAA